AUGAGCAAAACACUUUCCACAAACGAUGUACCGCCUCAAUUCCUCAAGGCCGCCUACCUAGUCGGCCAUGUCCCACUAAAAUCAUUAGCGUCUGAUGCUCGUAUCUCCUAUUCGCUCUAUAUCCCACCAACUCAAUACGAAACUGGAGCAAAUGCCAAGAAACUUCCCUUACUAGUCUGGAUACAUGGCACACGUCGGUUGUUAGAUGCAAUUGACGGAGGAGAACUUGAGAGCUUCGCAGAGUCAACACCAUGUGCUAUUCUUGCGCCUUUGUUUCCUGCUGGUCUCGACGGGCCUAAUGAUUUGGAUUCGUAUAAAAGCAUGCGCUCUAAGACACUUCGGUCUGAUCUUGCACUCUUAUCUAUUCUGGAUGAGAUCGCGCCAAGGUGGCCAGGCCUUGAAACGGAUAGGUUUUUUAUGCUGGGCUUUUCUGGUGGUGGGCAGUUUGCGCACAGGUUUCUGUACCUACAUCCUGAGCGGUUGUUAGGUAUUAGUGUAGGAGCACCAGGUCGAGCGACCAUGUUAAAUCCUACUCUGAAUUGGCCGAACGGGGUAGCUGAUUUGGAGAGUUUGUUUGGUCUGGUGCUUGACAAGCAACGAAUUCGCCGGGUCUCUAUACAGCUAGCGGUCGGGUCAGCGGAUAAUGAGGUUCAUGGGGGCAAUGAGUUUUGGGAAUGGUUGCAAAAGCUCAAGGGCAAAGAGCCAAAAUUGGCUGAGGGAGGAAACCUGGCAACGAUGACUCAGGGAAGACUUCAAACUUUGCAGAAUUUGCAAGCUAGUUGGAAAUCUGACGGCAUAGAUAGUCAAUUGGAUGUAGUGGAAGGUGCCGCUCAUGAAGCUGGAAAAGUACGGCCGUGCCAGCUACAGUUUUUGUGGCCUUUGAUGCAGGCAGCUUUUCAAAAUACCACGAAGAAGGAGUAG